AUGGACUAUCUGGAGAAUCUGGGGAUAGGAGUGGACGGGCUUAGCCUCCCGGAACUUGUUAUUCCCCCUGAGUCUGAGGAUGAGGCGCCUGCGGCGAUGAGAAGGCCGAUCAAGGGAAGACGGGCAGUCGCAGCUCGCAUGGCCAUCGACCGUCAUCGCGAAUUUGCUCAGUUCUCGCUGAGAGCGCAGAUGGACAUGAAGCUUGGCGAUUUCAGAGCCAGUGUCAUCCGAAUCUCUACGAAGCCACCCACGUACUGGGCCGAAUUUGGAAUCGAGAAGCGCCGUGGAAAGGUCUUCAACCAACGAGGAUCCAUUCGCGCUGCGUUGCAUACAAAAGUCAUCAUCACCAUCAUCGACGCACCGUUUGCGGGAAUACAACUGGCUGGAACGGUGCAAGAGGACCUCUUUGGCCGAGGGGCUGAAAUGUGCUGUCACCUUGUGUUUAAGGGAAAGAAGGAGGUCCCGGGGCUCAGAAGGGAGAUGGAACUCCCGGUGGUCGGUGUCUAUCACAUCGAUGUCGAGUUGGUGAGUGAUGGCACCGCUUGCGACCAGCAAGCCGCCGCCGUUGCGGAACUUGGCUCGGGGCUCAAGCGCAUCAGAGGAGUGGAUCUGCCAGCCUUGUUCUUCAAUACACCAUCGACUGUCACCGAACCCAGUGCCCUCUUCAAGGAGAUCGAGGACAAUUACGAAGCACAAUCUGUCUACAGACAAGCACUGGAGAGAUUUGUGCUCAACGAGCAGCAGAAUGAAGCCGCAAAGAUGUCUUUGACAUCACCUUCUGGCGCCUUGACGCAAUGGGGUCCUGCAGGCAGCGGCAAGACGACAUCAUCGCUUGCAAUAAUUCUCGGACACAUGAAGAUGGGCUGCAUGGGCAAGAUCAAACGUCGUCCUGUAAUUGCAUGCGCUCCGUCAGACGCGGCCGUCGACAGUAUGAUGCGCAUCUUUCUGGGCAAGAUCAACAAGCAAGACGAGCUCACCGUUUGUCGGUUCAAGGCAGCACAGGUCAGAAGUGCUCCAAAGUAUCCCAACGCAUUGUCAAGAGUGGUACGUGCGAGAGCUCAGCUUGCAGAGGAAGUACUGGAGUCUGGAGAGACGGCCGAAGAUGUGCUGUGGGACGUGUUUGAGGCUUCCAAGGGCGUCAACAACGAGGAUGAAGAUCUGGCGCCGUACUACUUCCAGAAUGCCCGCGCGGACUUCAUUCGAGCUAUCAGAAACGACUCGUCUCACGCAUGGAGCCUGGAGGCCAGACCCUAUCUCGAGCAGAAGAAGAGACUCAGGAGCAGGAUAGCUACCGCAUGGGAGCAAAGCAGGCUCCGGGGUGAGCUCGAGGACCAAGAAACGCUAUGGGACGAGCGCUUCCUGCAAAAGUGCGACAUUAUCUUCUGCAAGAGCAGCGCCGCCGCGCACCCGACGCUGACAGACUUCUUCCGCCCGUCCAUCCUGCUCUUCGAUGAACUGGCCUCGGCAACGUUGCUUGACGCCGUGACUCCUAUGGCAUCAUUCAAGGAGUCGCUGCUGCAUAUCAUUCUGGCUGGCGACAAUCUGCAGGACGUCGCACCAGACUCAAUCAAACUUCAUCGGAACGAAAUUUCCAGGGACCUCCGCAUGUGGCUGAACGAGCAGCUGCGGCAUGGGGAAGAUUUCGCCUUAGGUGAAAAGAUCGCAUUUACCACGCAGCACAGAAUGAGAGAUGUUCACGCCCGCAUGGUCAGCGAUAUCUGGUAUCAGGGCAGGCUCAUUGAUGACCCCUCACUGGCCAUCAAGUCCCCCUUGGCGAUUACCAUCGAGGCAGGUCUGAGAGGCUUGGGAGAAUUCUGGAACGGUCGCCUUCGCCUUGCCGUGGACGUUGAGGGAAGGCCUGGACCUGAUGCCUUCGAAAGCUACUAUCAUAACUCACGCUCUCUUUGCAACAAGGCUGAAGCAACGUUGAUCGUCGAUCACAUUCAGUGGCUGCUCAAACUCGAUCCUCCUGGCCAUAUCAAUGAUGACGGGCCUGGGCGUAGAGUCGAACCCGGAGAUAUCAUGGUCAUAUCGCCGUACAGUGGGCAAGUCGCGCUGAUUCGCACGAAGCUGGCCGAAAAGGGAGUCAACACUGCCCACGACAACGCGGGUCAGACGAUUGAUGUGAGAACAUCGGAAGCGGCCCAGAGCACCGAUCGCAACAUCGUCUUGCUCUCCUGGGUUGCCAGCCGGGAGGACAAGCCGUUAUCCAUUGGUCCCACGAAGGAUUCCAAGCAGAUGUGCACCAACUUUUCGCGGGCCAAAGAAUACCAAGUGACGUUUGGCAACUGGCUGUCGUGGAUGCAAGAAGAUUUCGACGACGCAAUUGCGAAGCAAGCCAGCCUUCAGACCUUUGGUAAAGUUGUGCGGCACCAUCGCGAGAUAGGGGACGGCAUUUCUCACAUACAUAUGCUUGAGCUACAUGCUGGCGACCCCCCAAAGGCGGAAGACCGCUUGUACAAAAAGAUCUGUGCUCGUCAACCUGAUACUGGCCCUUCGCCAUCAGAGUUGCAACCGCGAGAGCUCAGCAGCCUUCAGGCUAACUUUCAGUUCCUUCAAGCAAGGAGUAGGGAGAGGCAGGUCGAGCGGAACGAGAACGGCAGGAGAAGUUGA